AUGAUAAAUCCAGAAGAUUGUCUUGACGGAAGGAUAGAUUUUGCAAAAAGAUUAAAGAAAAAGACAAUAAAGAAGCCAUUAUCAGCUGCAGCGAAGAAAGACCCUCCUCCAAACGCAGAAAAUAUUGAGAAAACAUUAGCACAAUCCACUGACGAAGCAAUUAUGCAGAUGACUUCAGCAGAAAUUAAAUUCCAGAAGCAACAUACAAAUUACAUCAAGAAAUCUAUUGAAAGCUUGAAAGGUUUGUCUCAUAAACAGAUUAUUGAAAAGGCCAAUAAGUCUCUUGAAAACAUUGCAAUGCAUAAUGAUCUAGAAGGUGAUUGA